ACAUAGCCAUUUCAGUGUGGGUGUUUUAGGGCCAAGUGUCUUGUUCUGUGCUUGCUGAGGUGCACCUAGUUUUCCUCUCUAUUAGAGAAAUGCCAACCCACCGGCUUGUGAUUGUGAGGCAUGGCGAGAGCACCUGGAACCAGGAGAACCGUUUCUGUGGUUGGUUCGAUGCUGAGCUGAGUGAGAAAGGGAAGGAGGAAGCCCAGCGUGGAGCCCAGGCUGUCAAGGAUGCAGGCUAUGAAUUUGACAUCUGCUACACAUCGGUGCUGAAGAGGGCCAUCCGCACCCUGUGGUACAUCAUGGAUGGCAUUGACCAGAUGUGGCUGCCUGUGGUGCGCACCUGGCGCCUCAACGAGCGCCACUAUGGGGGUCUGACAGGACUCAACAAGGCUGAGACAGCAGCCAAGCAUGGGGAAGAGCAGGUGAAGAUAUGGAGACGUUCCUUUGACAUCCCACCACCACCCAUGGAUGAGGCGCACCCUUACUAUCAAAUCAUCAGCAAGGCCCGGCGUUAUGCUUCUUUGAAGCCUGGCGAUCUGCCUUCUUGUGAGAGCCUGAAGGACACCAUCGCCCGAGCCCUGCCUUUCUGGAAUGAAGAGAUUGCACCCCAGAUCAAAGCCGGCAAGAGAGUACUAAUUGCUGCCCAUGGAAACAGCCUUCGAGGGAUUGUCAAGCACUUAGAAGGGAUGUCUGAUGCGGCCAUCAUGGAACUCAACCUUCCAACUGGGAUUCCCAUUGUGUAUGAACUGGAUGACAAUCUGAAACCUACGAAGCCCAUGCAGUUCCUGGGCGACGAAGAGACCGUGCGGAAGGCCAUGGAAGCUGUGGCAGCGCAGGGCAAGGUCAAAAAGUGAGAGGAAGAGGGACAAGGCACCGGUGAAAUAAAACAUCUGAAAAACCCA